AUGGAAAACGGACAUAUCGGAGAUGGCUUAACAGCAAGACGAUGGCUCGUCACGGUGGAGCCCGUUGACGCACUUUCACUGGCUUGUACCCUUGGCGCAAAAGGGCGUAUUUUUCGAGUUGAUGACGGCAUGGCCACAUUGCUUGGUUACGUUUCGAUGAGGGAACUGCUUGGCACCGAAAUUUCGAAACUGAUCCCAGCUGUUAAACUGGACUGUGACAAUGAGGAGCAGCAUGUUUGUGCACUUGGCGUUCGCGGUAACUCAAUCCCAGUCACUGUGAGGAUCAAGGCGGAAAGAGAUCCAAAAAGUGAGGCUUUCUUCGGGUAUUAUAGGAGUGCUUGUAAAGUAGGUCACUUCAAAAUGCAUUUUACACAAAAUCUAAUGAAGUUAGUUUUCGUCUCGUUUACUGGAAAAAAUAACUGGUCAGUGAGAUUUAAAAUGAUUAUGAGAUCCCAGUACGGUUAUUGA